UUUCUUUCGCCGGACUGCAUUUCAAGGGAUGGAACCUGCCUUAUUGUGGGGAGGCGGGUUGCGAGGCUUUAACUGGCAGCAGCUGUCAGUCACUCAGUGUCAGUGAGUGAGGCUGGAACAGAGACACCGACAGCGAGUGCGGCUGUAUGUUAUCAGAGUGUAGCAGAGACACCGACAGGAGAUGGGUUGCUCGGAGUGCUGUGUGAGAUGUCUCAGGGGCGUUCCCUACGCCUCGCUCAUUGCCACCGUCCUGUGUUUUGUGGGAGUGGCCCUUUUCUGUGGCUGUGGCCAUGAGGCUCUGACUGGGACAGAGAAACUCAUUGAACUUUACUUUUCCGAUGACUUCAUGGACUACGCUAUCCUAGCAAAUGUGAUCCAGGUGUUCCAGUACAUUAUCUAUGGGACAGCAUCAUUCUUCUUCCUGUAUGGGGUGCUGUUGCUGGCAGAGGGCUUUUACACCACCAGUGCUGUCAGAUCCCUCUUUGGGGAAUUCAGGACCACCCUGUGCGGCCGCUGUGUCAGUGCAACUUUCAUCUUUCUGACUUAUGUGCUAAGUGUUACCUGGAUGGGGGUUUUUGCUUUCGCUGCAUUGCCAGUCUAUAUUUACUACACCAUGUGGUCCACGUGCCAAACACUCAAAUAUGUGACAGAUGGAAAUACAGGCUUUGAUGAUGUCUGUGUGGAUGCCAGGCAGUACGGAGUCCUGCCAUGGAGUGCUAAUCCAGGGAAGAUCUGUGGCCUCAAUCUAACAUCCGUUUGUAAUGCCUCAGAGUUUGAACUGACCUACCAUCUCUUCAUUGCAUCGUUUGCGGGAGCUGCAGCCACUGUCAUUGCUUUGAUAAACUUCCUCCUCUGUUUGACGGCCAACUGGGCUUACGUUAAGGAAGCGAAAAAAAUGAAACGGUGUGAAGAGUUGCGGCUGAUGGAAAACCAGGAGCUUCGUCAGCUGGAGACCCGCCAAUAAUUGGCCGUGCAGUUUGAAUUUUCAUUAAAGAUUGUGUUCCUAUUAAAGUUGGCCAUUUCCAAGCUUCUGUUGUUCAACAGUGGUAAUCUGCACCUUGGCGAACAGGAAAUACCAGCUCCCGAUGUGAGGUUGGCUACCCAGCAAUCCAAACCAUUUUCAUUGUGCAGAAACUAGUCCUCCUGUGGAUACCUUGGUGAUCUGCUGCAGAUUAAAAUACUGUGUGUUGAGGAAAAUAAAGGAAGAGUUGCAUUUAUGUUGGUGCAAAGCUUCACUGCUAAUGAAGUAUAAUUACUCUUAUUGUAGGAAA